AUGUACACGUACAUGUCCUACGCGCGUGCACUGGCGGAGUACGACACCGUGGAUCUGCCGCAGAACGCCGACGUGAGUUCACGGUGGAUGGACAUGUCGCGCAACUUUGACGACGAGGUCGAGUUGUCCGAGAGGGCCAUGUCUCUACGCCGCAAAAGGGAGAAUCUCUGCCGCGAGGCGAGGGGACAUGUGCUGGAAGUGAGUGCCGGCACGGGGCGGAACAUGGAUCUCUACAGGCUGGACCCGGCGCUGACGAGGGAGGAGAAUAAAGUCAAGAGCCUGGUGGUUAACGAUCUGAGUGAGAUCAUGCUGUACCAGGCCAGGAAGAAGUUCGACGCCCUACAGGACAAGAUUCGUGAUGAGAGGAGGAAGUUCAAGGGACCCCUGCACUUUGUGGUGGGCGACGCGAGUGAUAGGCGGGUCAUCAAGAGGCCUGAUGGUGGAUUCGAUACGAUUGUGCAGACGAUGGGGAUCUGCAGUGAGACAAAUCCGGUCGCGUUCCUGAAGAGACUGGGCGAGCUGUGCAGACAGCCGGGCGAGAUGAGUACUGGGUUGGAUAUGAAAGUCGUGGAGAGAGAAGCGCGGGAACGGCUCGAAGAGCUCAAGGAAGCUCGAGAUUAUGGUGCCGUCGAUCCAGAGCAAGAGCAGCUGGAUGCGCUCGUCGCCGAGGCAGGAGGGGAUUUGGGAGGCAAGAUCCUCCUGCUCGAGCACGGACGGUCGAAUCUUGACUUCGUGAACCGGAUCCUCGACAACGGCGCAAAGAUGCACGCUGAUCACUAUGGAUGCUGGUGGAACAAGGACAUCGAGCAAGUAGUAAAGGAUAGUGGGCUGAUCGUGGAGCGGAAGAGAAGGUACCAUUUUGGAACGACCUACGAGUACGUUUUGAGGCCGAGACCGAAACGCAACCCAGAGAAGGUGGGUUUCCCUGAAGCGGAGGGGCCUCGAGUCAAUCCCAGUAAGGGGACGAAGUCGACGGCCUGGCUUGGAUGGCUCGGGAGAAGUUGA